GCUCCUUUGCUACACUCACCGCCUGCCUGAAUCUCUUUGCUGGUUGCUACAAUCCCCAGCCCAGACCCCCCGCAGCCCUUCCAGGAUCGUAUCCCUUUUGCCUUGCUGCACAGCAUCUCCUGGCCUCGCCUGGCUUUCUUUUCUAUUUUUUGGUGAGGUGAAGGCCUGCUGGUGGGGGGGCUGUUUUUCUCUGGAGGCAGGUUGGGCUGGGGGGUGGGAGAAGGAGAGAGGAGAUUUCAGCAUCCAGGCACCAGCCCUCUCCCAAAAGAUGGCUUUAGGAGGUUGGAUAUCUUCUCUGGAGCUGGGAGCAGCUGCUGAAUGGUGAGGCUGACAGUUGCAAUAAAAGAAGUAACCAGAGUGAAAUCGAGGAGAGGACUGGCAAUGAGACUGAUUCACUGAAAAGCAGGCUAGAUUUUUUUUUUUUAAGUGCUGCAUUUCUGGCUACAGCAGGAUACUUUUAAAAUUGUUUUCUCGUGGCUUUUUUUUUGGGGGGGGAGGGUUUAAAUCCAGACUGGAUCACAAGAAGAAGGGCUGGAACUGGAGACACUCCUGAAAAUUUGCCCUGUUUUCUGGUUAUUUCCUGGUGGAUUCUUUUUUGUUUGUUCGUUCACCUGGAUUGCAAUACAGAUUGGUAUUUUCCUCUCUGUCUUUUGGCUGCUCUGGGAUUUGAUUAUGGAGACAGUGGAAAAGGAGUGUGGAGCCCUCGGUGGUCUUUUUCAAGCUAUCAUCAAUGACAUGAAGAGCUCCUACCCGAUCUGGGAAGAUUUCAACUCGAAGGCGACCAAGCUACACUCCCAGCUGAGGACUACAGUGCUGGCAGCUGUUGCUUUCCUGGAUGCCUUCCAGAAAGUGGCUGACAUGGCCACCAACACACGAGGGGCCACAAGGGACAUUGGCUCCGCACUGACUCGCAUGUGCAUGCGGCACCGCAGCAUCGAGGCCAAACUGAGGCAAUUCACCAAUGCCCUGAUGGAGAGUCUCAUUAACCCUCUGCAGGACAGGAUUGAAGACUGGAAGAAAACUGCCAACCAGCUGGACAAGGACCAUGCAAAAGAAUAUAAGCGUGCCCGCCACGAGAUAAAGAAGAAAUCCUCUGACACGCUCAAGCUGCAGAAGAAAGCCCGCAAAGAGCUACUUGGGAAGGGGGACCUGCAGCCCCAGCUGGACAAUGCCCUUCAAGAUGUCAAUGACAUGUACCUACUUCUGGAAGAGACCGAGAAACAGGCUGUGCGCAAGGCCCUCAUUGAGGAGCGGGGCCGCUUCUGCACCUUCAUCACCUUCCUGCAGCCAGUUGUGAAUGGAGAAAUCACCAUGCUGGGAGAGAUCACUCAUCUGCAGGGCAUCAUUGAUGACCUGGUGGUGCUGACAGCAGAACCACACAAACUGCCUCCAGCCAGUGAGCAGGUGAUCAAAGAUCUGAAAGGCUCUGACUACAGCUGGUCCUACCAGACUCCACCAUCCUCUCCCAGCAGUUCUGGCUCUCGCAAGUCAAGUAUGUGCAGCAGUGUUAACAGUACAAAGGGUGGCACCUCUUGGCCUGGAGGGUCUCAAACAUGCUCACCAAGUCCCACCUAUCGCUACCGCAGCCUGGCGCAGCCGGUCAAUGCCAACACCCGCCUGUCCAGCGUCUCCUCCCAUGACUCCGGCUUCAUCUCCCAGGAUGCCAUGUACUCCAAGCCGCCUUCUCCAAUGCCUUCUGACAUCACCAGUCAGAAGUCCUCCAGCUCCGCAUCCUCCGAGGCCUCGGAAACCUGCCAGUCAGUUAGCGAAUGCAGCUCCCCCACCUCGGAUUGGUCUAAGGCCACUCCUUAUGACCAACCAGCCGUGAACACCCUGCAGCGAAGGAAGGACCGUGUGGAGCACCUGCGGGACGCUGAAAUGGGCUCAACCAGCAUGGUGUAUCCAGGAAUUAGUGUGGAGGAAACACCAAGGCCCAGAAUGUCUCCAGCUACCAUCGCUGCCAAGCAUGGUGAGGAGGUGUCUCCAGCUGCCAGUGACCUGGCCAUGGUGCUGACCCGCGGCCUGAGCCUUGAACACCAGAAGAGCAGCCGGGACUCACUGCAGUAUUCCAGUGGCUACAGCACACAGACCACCACCCCAUCCUGCUCAGAAGACACCAUCCCAUCUCAAGGCUCAGAUUACGACUGCUACUCAGUGAAUGGCGAUGUGGAGUGCGACAGCCAGAGUGAGUUUGACAAAUCCUCCACCAUCCCACGCAACAGCAACAUUGCCCAGAACUACCGCCGCAUGAUCCAGACCAAGCGCCCUGCCUCUACUGCUGGUCUACCCACUGGGACCAACCUGCCAGCUGGUGCCACCCCUGGAGUGGCAACUAUCCGGCGCACACCCUCCACAAAGCCUUCAGUGCGCCGCACCCUCUCCAAUGCUGGCCCCAUCCCCAUCCGGCCCCCCAUUGUCCCAGUGAAGACCCCAACAGUGCCCGACUCCCCUAGUUACACUGGACCCACCAGAGUGGGCAGCGAGGAGUGCGUUUUCUAUACUGACGAUGCCUCACCAAAUGCCAUAGACUUUGCCAAAGCCUCACCCAAGAGGCUGAGCCUCCCCAACACAGCCUGGGGCAGUAAUGUCAUGGAGAUAUCAGUAUACCCGGGUGCUGGGCAGCACCUCUCUGCUGAGGAAGAGGAGGACCAGCAGCUGGCUGCCAAUCGGCACAGCUUGGUGGAGAAGAUUGGUGAGCUGGUGGCCAGCGCGCAUGCCUUGGGUGAAGGCCAGUUCCCUUUCCCCACUGCACUCUCUGUGCCUGGCCCUGGAGAGGAGACACCCACUCCACCCCCAGCUGCCUCCAGUGACCCACCUGCUGAAGACAUGCUGGUUGCCAUCCGGCGUGGGGUGCGUCUGCGCAGAACCAUCACCAACGACAGAUCCGCCCCGCGGAUAUUGUGAUAAAUUCCCCCCACUCUCCCACUCACCACAGCCCGUGGGAAGAUAUUGAACACAGGGUCAGGACUGAGAAAGCAAGCCGUGCUGAAGAAACAUCAAUCCAGUAAAAAACCACAAAGGCAAAGCCACUUUAUGGAGAUAGAGACAGAGUCUAGAUUUAAAUGGAAACUAAAAGCCUUCGCUAACAAACUCACAAGGGCAUAGCCUAAGCGCUGAACUGGUUUGGGAGCCUAUUUUAUACUUUAUUUCUCCCCUGCUCCUCCUAGACUCCCCAGCUCUUUCCCACACCUCACUUCCCAGCCUUGAAAGACUCCUCGCUACCAGCCAGCAGGCAGCGGUGAAAGGGGAGGGACUUGAGUCUGGACUGGAAUCAGCAGCUACAUCAUAAGCAUAAGAAACACACGCACACAUAUAUACACACACACAAAAAGUCAAGGACUGUUGGCUGCUGUUCCCCAGUGAACCCACCUCCCUCCUUUUCCCCUGGACAAGGAUGCACUGUUAGUCCUGUGCUGAACAUCAUAACAUCUGCUUCUUUCUUUCUUUUUUUUCUUUCUUCUUGCUCUCGUUUUCAUAUCAGCUGGGUUGGAAAAGCUUCCUGCAACAGCAGAGAAGUGGCUGGGGUCAUGGCAAUGGGCUUCAUCAGAGAAGACCUGGAAUAUAUGGCCCUGUCUCCUGAGGUAUUUUUGGUGUAAUUUGCUUGCCAAUAUGCCUCUGCUAUCUAAACCCUGGAAGGGCCUAUGUGAGUAUGCCCUGGAGAGCAGGAUUUGGGGGCCUGAUCUCCAUAGUGUUCUACAGAAAACUCAGGACUGUCUCAAGAUACAGAUUCUCUUCUUCAGCAGGCUCUUCUCUUCUUGGUUAGCACCAUACAACAUGUCCAGAUAUUGGGUGAGAUUACUUUUAGAGCACUUGCUUAGAGACCCACACAAGGAGGGAAGGCAGGGACAGCUCAGUGACCCCUCAGUACCCAGAGUUCAGCACCAGCAGAGAGGUGGCAGUGUAAAGGCACCAGCUUGCUCAUGUUUCCCUGAGGACAGGAGAGAUGUAUCUGUCAUGUAGUUCUGGCUGCAGUAGGCUUCCACUUGGUGUGUGACAGAGGUGCCUAUGGAUUGGUGUGCACAGGACUAAGAUGUGUGUAUAGCUGGGGUGCAGGCCUUGGUGUCCCAAUGAGGGAAGACUGUGUGAAAAUGGAGAUGUCCAUUGGGAGGUUCAUCUCUUGGUGUGCCCUGGCUGGGUGUUUUUACAAGGGAGGAGAGCUGUAGAUGCAUGCAGUUAAUGCACCUGUCCACGCUUACUCCUGUUCACCUCCACUGACAGCUGUAGCUAGGAGAGGAGCAAAAUCAUGGAACAUUCACAGUUUGUAUGCAGUGGUUUAACUUCAGGACAUCAUACUGUUCAAGACUACAGAAGACCCCUGGAGCUGGAGUCUGUCCCAGUGACUUGCUUUGUGACUCAGAGUCUCAUCCUUGGUGUCAGACUGGGAAAGGCAGUGGUUUGGGAUGUGGCCCAGGUACCAUUCUAUUCCCAAAUUGAGAAGAUUGCAUGGUUGAUUGUUCUCUGAGCUGAGAGCAGUCUCAGCCCUUGCUCAGGAUCCAUUUCUCCCCUGCCUUUCCAGACUCAUAUCCAGUAGCAUGAUAUUUUCCUCAUAGGGUGAAGUACCACACAGGAAACAACAAGGUGGCAAAGUCAGACCUGCCUUUUCUUCUUCUUAAAAUUAGGAGGAACUGCCUGAGGAAGACCUAGACCCAGAAGAAGGGAGCAGAGCUCAAGAGUUGGCUUGCUGGCACUAGUGACAGUUCUGCCUAAGUAAAGCCUUGCGGGUGUUGCUGGAAAAAUCGAUGUCCUGGCUCACUCUUCCUUGUCAGUACCCCUGUGGCUAAUAGCCAUGAACAUCCCAAUAAGCACGUCUCACUGGAUUCUCCCAGUGCUGUCUUUACACCAGGGUCAAGCUGAUAGAGUGCUAGGCUCCAUUCCCAGAAUGCAGUGGCCGUGGCAGUAUCCCUGUCCUCUUAAAUGGCUUCUGAGCUUAAGACAGUCAUGCCAUGGGAGCAUUUAUCUGGAAGUGGCUGGAGGGUGCAGGGACAGCUUGAGGGAUGGGGAGCCAGUGUUGUGUUGAAAAUCUUUUCUCUCACACAUCUCCCUCACUGCUUAAAAGCAGGGCUUUGAAGGACAUGCUGACUGGAUAAAUAUGAUAGGAACAGGAAAGGAGAGCACCUCUCUCCAGUCCAUCCCCCUUCCCUAAGUACCUUGUAACAGGCAUGCCAAAGGAAGGGGAGCACUCUUCCCCUCCUUGAUACUUACAGCACUAUUCCAAGACUCCAGCCUUGGGGGCGUUUCUGGGUGCUCAAGUAUGUGUCUGCCUCUUGCCCUUCCCUCCCUGGCCCUGCUCUCCCCUAAGCCUGCAAAGUCUGUGCUGGCAAAUGGAAUGUGACAUGGGUGAAGAGAAGGGAUUCCUGGCAAACCGGGUAGGGUGACUGGAGGGGAAGGAGCUGGGGUAUCCACUACAGUCAGAGGAAAUGAUGUAGUGACUUGGAUGUGGCCCUGUGGUCCUGUAGGUUUUGGUUAAACAUGAAGGAAAAUGGGCUUUCCUUGCAUCUGAUUGGAUAGGAAUGGCUAUUACCAAACCAGCUGGCUGGAGACUGGCUUAAUUACGAUUGAUUGAGAGUUGGUCUGAUCUACUCCCCCCACCCUUCAUUAUCCUGAACCUUUAGUUAGCUAAAAACAUCAGGUUAUGCAGGGGGAUCACUGGCCUUAUCCCAGGAUCCCUCUAAGUGGCUGGUAAUUUGGAGGAAUCCUGCAUCACUAUAGGUGCUACUGCAGCAGGUAGAGACAAAGAGAGGACCCCACUGGGCUAUAAUACUGUGGGAGCUGCACAAGAUGCAUUUUCACUGGAUAAGCAUGGCAGAUAGUGGGGAUACUGCAGGGAAGGGAGGUCCUGCAUAGACAGUAGACCUUGUAUGGCCAUUACAGCCCAGGUUCAUUCUUGGUGGAGAUCCACUGGUUUCAAUGGAGUCAUUCCUUAGGCAGGUAUGGUCUCCCUUGAUUUCAGUGGAUCUGCAUCAUAGCUGGCUUAGACCCACCGAUUUCAGUGGUUUCACUGGAAGUGAUUUUUCCAGUUCUUCCUAUGAUUUUGGUCUUGGUCACUCACCUUUCCAGAGUAGUUAGCCUUUAGCAUGUCAUGUGUCUCACAGUGCAGGGGUUGGGUCCCAUUUGCCAUCUUCAUGUUCUCUUUCACAAGCACUUCAGCCAAGCAAGUCCCACAUUCCUCUGAAGCAGGAGAUGUACAAGGGGUGGGGAAAGGAUGGGAGGAAUUCCCUGGAGAAUAAAUUCCAAGCAAGAAGCAAUGUGCCUUCAUCCCUACUAUGAAAGGGAAAGGCAGUUUUUCAGGGACAGUUAUGUGAAUUCAAGAAGUAGUUCCCCUGUGGGGGCGGGCACAGUCUUCAGCCAGCCUUUGAUAUAUUAGUUUCAUUUUGGGGGGUAGAUUAAGAAAGCCUUUAAGAAAGCACAACCUUUCCUCCCUUUCUCUCUCUCUCUCUCUCUCUCUCUUCCCCACCCCUCCCCUGCUCUUUCUCCACGCUUAUGCAUUCACAAAGCACAGCAGCUCAUGAUGUUGUACAUAGCUCCAAACAAUGGACCCACCCUUCUUGCCUUCCAGCCCAGAUGUGUGUAUGUGUGUGUGUCGCAUUGCAACCCUGUUACUCUUAUACUGUCUUAGUAAUAAUGAUUUAGUUAUAACCUCUCUCCGUCCCGUCAUUCCCAACCUCCUUCUUGUGACCCGAGAUGAUGAUGGCGCGUGACAAAUGUUUGGGUUCGGGGUUUUUUUUUUUUGGUUAUUUUUUUUUUCACUUUGUACAGAGAAAAAAAAAUCCUUUAAAAAAACCGUCUUUCAACUGAAGUAAUUUUCUGGUGCUGUUGUUAACUUGUCCUUUUUUAAUUUAUUUCCCUGCCCAGUGCUCCUGUCUCUCUCCCGCUGCUCCCUUUCCCCAACUUCCCUUUUCUUUUCUUUCUUCUUUUUUUUUUGAGAAUUAUCCUGUCCCCUGCCCCACCCUUGAUUUAAAUAGUCACUGCUACAAGUAACGAAUGCACUGUGAAGAUUCCAGUAUUAAUAAAAGUUGUACUGUAAUUAAUA